AAGCGCGGUUGCGGCUCGAGAAGCACCUAUCGGCGAUUCAAGGCGCUGGCAAGCGGCUUAUCGGUAGUCGGGACACGCGAUCUUCAUCAUUGGUGCUCUUGUUGAGAGGUGCUAGAUCGUAUGACUUUUUCUUCCCCAUUCUUUUUCUUUCUCUCCUUUUUCUUUUUCGUCCCAAUCAAAAAAAAAUAUUAUAUAUAUAUAUCAUCAUCAUCUGCAAGACGAGUUCGCGAAGCAAAGAGCGAAGAGAAGAGAAGAAAGCCAUGGCCAAUCGAGAGAUGAAGGAAAAAAUCGAGAGCUUUGAAGGUAAAUUCAAAACCAUGAGCGAAUCUGUCGAUGCAAGGUUUGAAGCCCUAACUAAAGAGCUCGUCGACACCAAGACCACCAUAGCUAAUGACCGUACGGUCUUGAUGGAGGCCAUGAACCAAAGGUUCGACGAACUCUUUAGGAAUUUCCAAGGCCAGCCACCGCGCCACGACGAUCGACCACCACCGUUCGACGCUCGACCACCUACACAUGGUGAUGGACCACCCCCGCAUGGUGCUCGACCACCGCCCCAUGCACACGACCAAGCUAGGAGAGAGUUCGAGCAAUUCGAGCGCGAGCAGGAGGAGGAGUACGAGAGGCAAUCGCAGGCCUCGAAUCAUCAAGGUCGCCCACGUAUCGAGAGUCCGAGGCUUGUGCUACCCAUGUUCAACAGAGAGAACUCCGAUGCAUGGCUCAAUCGAGCUGCACAAUGUUUUGACAUCAACGAGAUGCCUUGGUAUGAGAGGGUCAAAUAUGCUGCCUAUUACCUAGACGGAGAAGCCAAUGUUUGGUUCCAAUGGCUCGUGAGUGUCUACCAAGGCAAUCCGCUCCACAUCCAAUGGGAAGAAUUCGAGCGCGAGCUACUUGCUCAAUUUGGGUCAUCUGAUUACCACAGCUACGACGAGGCGCUCUCACACAUCAAGCAGACGGGAAAGUGGCUAAGAUGUCACAAAUAUUAUCGGGAAGUGCCCAUCAACCUGCAAGGCGAGAUCAUCAAAGCCGACCUCUAUGCACUAUCUAUUGUGGGGCCCGAAAUAGUUCUUGGAAUUCAAUGGCUCGAAGGACUUGGAGAAGUCACUAUGAAUUACAAAAGGCAUAAUAGGGUUCUACUCGGGAAGCUGACUC